GGGGAAGAGAACGAAAAGCACAGAACAGACGGGGGCACAGUGAGAAGGUGAAACCCGAAGUUCAUCAGUAACUGAAUACUCCACAAGAUAUACCCCUUAAUUCUUUGUCUCGAUCGCUCUCUGCUGCGAAUCCCAUAAACCCUAACAUUGGGUUGUACCAAUCAUCAACGAUCUGUACAUAUUGCCCUCGGGAAAUAUCUAUAGUUGGUUUGAUCGCUAAAUUUGGUGAGCCAUGGCGUAUGUAAAAGUUGUCAACAGAUCGGCCACGGCAGCUUUCGCGCCGGAGGGCACGUACUUGGCGGCCGGGACAAUGGCAGGGGCGGUGGAUCUGGCGUUCAGUUCGUCUGCCAACCUCGACAUUUUCAAGUUUGACUUUGGAUCAGAUGAUCAGCAGCUCAUCCCGGCUGGCUCCGCUCCUAGCUCCGAGCGCUUCAACAGGCUGUCUUGGGGGAAAGCUCUUCCCAAUUCCGAGCAGUAUUCUUUCGGGCUCAUAGCUGGUGGACUUGUUGAUGGCAACAUUGGGCUGUGGAAUCCGAAGCCUCUGAUCUUCUCUUGUGCAAAUCAAACUGGUGCUGGUGCUAGUGAAAAUGCUUUUGUUAGUCGCCUCUCAAAGCAUAGUGGGCCAGUUCAUGGGUUGGAAUUUAAUGCUUUUACUCCAAACCUCCUUGCUUCUGGUGCUGAUGAAGGUGAAAUAUGUAUAUGGGACAUCUCACAUCCUGAACAACCAACCCAUUUUCCUCCCCUAAAGGGCACUGGAUCCUCAAUUCAAGGUGAAAUUUCAUAUGUAUCUUGGAACAGCAAAGUUCAACAUAUCUUGGCUUCCACAUCAUUGAAUGGGACAACCGUGGUUUGGGAUCUUAGGAAGCAGAAGCCGGCCAUAAGUUUCUCAGACCCUGUUAAAAGGCGGUGCUCUGUGUUGCAGUGGCAUCCUGAUGUAGCGAAUCAACUAAUUGUAGCCUCUGAUGAAGACAGUUCACCUGCUCUGAUGAUGUGGGAUUUGCGGAAUGUAAUAUCUCCGAUGAAGGAGUUCUUAGGACAUACUAAGGGUGUCAUUGCAAUGUCUUGGUGUCCGAUGGAUAGCUCCUACUUGCUUACUUGUGGAAAAGACAAUCGAACUAUAUGCUGGGAUGUUCUUUCCCAUCAGAUUGUCUCUGAACUGCCAGCAGGAACUAAUUGGAAUUUUGAUGUACACUGGUACUCAAAGUGUCCAGGUGUUAUAUUAGCAUCUUCAUUUGAUGGGAAGAUGGAAAUUUAUAAUAUUGAGGGCUGUGGUCGAUGUGGUGUUCCACAGGGUGCUUCUACGGCAGCUUCGUUGAGAGCUCCAAGAUGGUACAGGCGAAAAGCUGGAGUUUCUUUUGGUUUUGGAGGCAAGCUUGUUUCAUUUCGUUCUACUAAUAAGAAUGAUGAACCAUCAGAGGUGUAUGUGGAAAAGGUAGACACUGAGCAUGGGUUGGCAAGUCGAUCUGCUUACUUUGAGACUGCACUUUGUAAUGGGGAGAGAUCUUCACUUAAACUUCUGUGUGAAAAAAAAUCUCAGGAAUCAGAAUCUUUUGAUGAAAGGGAAACAUGGGGCUUCCUGAAGGUCAUGUUUGAAGAUGAUGGGACUGCAAGGACAAAGCUGCUUUCCCACCUUGGUUUCAGUGAGCCUGUAGAAAAAGAGAACACUGUAGAUAAUGAGAUUUCCGAACAAGUAUCUACCCCUGGUCUUGUUAAAGAAUGGGAUAACACAAAAAACAACACCAUGAUGCAACCAAUAGAUAACGGGGAGGAUUUCUUCAAUAACCUUUCAAGCCCCAGAACAGACACUCCUUUGUCAUCAUCUGCAAAUAUAUUUGAUACUAAUGAAGCUGCCUUGGGUUUGGACGAUGCUCCAGUGGAGACUAAUGGGUCAGAUCAGAGUGACUCUUCAUUUGAUGAUGCUGUUCAACGUGCUUUGGUCAUUGGGGACUACAAGACUGCUGUAUCACUUUGUGUAUCUGCUAAUAGAAUGGCUGAUGCAUUAAUUAUUGCGCAUGUUGGCGGGAAUUCCCUAUGGGAAAGUACCCGCGAUCAGUACCUGAAGACAAGCCGUUCUUCUUACCUUAAGAUUGUUGCUGCAAUGGUUAACAAUGACCUGAAAAGCCUUGUAAACGUGUGGCCAUUGAAAUCCUGGAAGGAAACACUCGCCCUCUUUUGCACUUUUGCUCAGCAAGAUGAGUGGACACUGUUGUGUGACAUGCUCGCUUCAAGACUCUUUGCUUCCGGCAAAACACUUCCAGCCACACUUUGUUAUAUAUGUGCUGGGAAUAUUGACAAAACAAUAGAGAUAUGGUCAAGGACCCUGACACACAAGAUUGACGGAAAGUCAUAUAUUGAUCUUCUUCAGGAUCUGAUGGAAAAGAUUAUAGUAUUUGCUUUAGCCACCGGACAAAAACAGUUUAGUGCUACUCUGUGCCAGCUGGUUGAGAAGUAUGCUGAAAUGUUAGCAAGUCAGGGGCUUCUAACCACAGCCAUGGAGUAUUUGAAGCUUAUGGGGUCCGAUGAACUGUCUCCCGAAUUACUUAUAUUACGAGAGCGUAUUGCUCUUGCUGCUGAACCAGAUAAUAGUACAUUGAAUUCUAUGAAUGUUCAUAGUCCUAACUUGCAAACAUGGCCUUUACACCCCCCUGAACAAAGAAGUUUUGACAUGGUUGAUGCAGCUCACCAAUAUUAUCCAGAACAGCCAUCACAGCUUCCUGCAAGUAUUCAUAGCAGUCCAUAUGCUGAUAGAUAUCAACCCUCUUUUAGUCCUUCGCACAGGGGAUAUGUUUCCCCUGCCCCUUACCAGCAAGCUCUACCGCACACAAAUCAACAACCAAACAUAUUUGUUCCGACACAUGCUCCUCACAUUACGCAGGGAAGUGUUACCACAACACCUGUUCCUGCUCAACCUUCUGUGAAACCAUUCAUUCCAACAACCCUCCCUGCUUUGAAACACGCUGAGCAGUAUCAGCUGCCAACUUUGGGUUCUCAGUUGUAUUCUGGUUCGGCUCAAACUAGUUACCCUCCUGCCCCUCCAGGGCCUUCUGCAUAUGGCUUUAAUCAAUCUCCAGUCCAACCUUUUGGACAGCUGAUGCCCCAGGUUGCACCACCUUCCUCAAGUUCUAGAGGAUUUACUCCAGUCCCUGGGCCUGCUACAUUUCAAAGGCCCAGUAUGAGUCCGAUGCAACCUCCCAGUCCUACUCAAGCACCAGUAAUCCAACCUCAUGUAACUCCUGCCCCUCCUCCUCCCACAGUGCAGACAGUUGAUACUUCUAAUGUCCCUGCCGAGCAAAGGGCUGUUGUUACAACUUUGACAAGACUCUUCAAUGAGACAUCAGAAGCAUUGGGAGGGUCAAAGGCAAACCCAGCCAAGCGGCACGAGAUUGAGGAGAACUCAAAGAGAUUAGGUGCGUUAUUUGCUAAACUCAACAGUGGAGAUAUAUCUAAGAGUGCUGCUGAAAAGCUUGUACAGCUCUGUUGCGCAUUGGACAACCGCGACUUUGGUACUGCCCUUAAGAUCCAGGUACAACUCACUACCAGUGAUUGGGACGAGUGUAACUUUUGGCUAACAUCACUGAAGCGAAUGAUCAAGACGAGGCAGAGCUUGAGAUAAGAGUGAUGCACCCUACCCUUGGCAUGGUUUAGAAUCUAGGGUCGGUUGGUUUUUACCUUUAUUUUAUUUUGAUGAUUCCUACAUAAUGGGUUUAAGCUUUGUGCAGAAUGGUUUAUAACUGUUAGGGCUUAUCUUUUUCUUCUUCCCCUUUUUCUUGUCUUAAGCGCAAUCUAUGUUUUUUUUCUCUUCUAGUGUUUGCAAUUUUUGAGAUAAGAUAUACUAAUGCCUUGAAAACCAUAAAUUUAAAAUAUACGAAUGCUUUGUUUUGUCUUUUAUUUUCCAAAAGUACCCCGGAGUAUGUUUUGAAAAAUAACGGGACCUACGAGUUCUUAUCACAAAAUUGGAGGUGUAUAAAUUGCUCCAAAUGACCAAGGUGGAAUCAGCAACUACUACGUACGUAGUGUUUUUAAACAUUGGGAGAAACAUAAGGCAAUCAUGAAUUCAUGAUCUCAUCAUUCCCACAAAGUUAAGUAUGAUAGCAGGUGAAAAUGGGGCAAUUAACCACCAUGUACCAUAUACUCUCUUCGUCCCUGAAUAUUUAUCCACUUUUGCCUUUUUAGUCAGAAUUGGGAAACCUUGACUAGGGGUGUAAAUGGAUAACCCAAAAUCCGAUUACCGUCCGCAUCCGUAUUCGUUUAAAUGGAAAAAAUCUGCAUUCGCUUUAAACGGAUAUUAUCCGUAUCCGAUUAAGCACAUCCGAUUGAUAAACGGAUGCGGAUUUGGUAAUUACAAAUCCGAUCCGUUUAAAAUCCGAUCCGUGUAUACAUCCGUUUAUAUAUCCGCAUAUCCGAUUAUCCGAUCCGUUAUACCGAAUAUAGGUAAUAAAAAAUUAUCCGUAGUUAAAAAAAAUUAUCCGUAGUUUAGACUAAUUAAUAUGUUUAUGUAUACUCCUAGUCCUAGUUUUCUAAUUUCUACCCAGCCCACUAAGCCCUAAAUGG